GAUAGGAUUAUUGCAGGGAGAAUUAGGGUUCAGCUAAAUACGAUCGCCCCUCUUGUCGACUCACCCGAUCAUCGAUGGCGUGCGCCGCGUGCGGCUGCACCUGCAGCGCCGGCGGCGAAGCACCCAGGGAUGAGCUGAAGGCGCCACUGCUGGUGGAUAUCGAGACCGGACCCAGCCCCAUCACGGCGACACCGGCGGACAGCGAGGUCGACAACGGGAUGGAGAAGGGCAGCAUGAUCGUCACCUCCAUUGCCCGAGGAUUGUUGCUCUUGCUGUGGUUGUAUCUGGUUGAUUUACUGAGGAGACCUUUGAUGGACGACGAUAAUGAAUUCCAUUCGUUACACGUAACUUUUGCUGUUUUCUCGGCCGCACUCGUGGGUAUCGUUUUCUUGCAAAUCUGUGUGUCCAUAUCCGUUCCUACGGAUGCCUCUGGAGUUCCUAUAGGGUUUGAACUUUGA